AUGAGUGAUAUAAUAACGAGCACUUUCAAUGAGACCAUCAGUCACGCCACUUGCUGCCCAAAUCCAGCUCUCGACGACGGACCGAAUCUUAAAACAAUGUUGACAUGUCCACCAAAAGAUCGAAUCAGAUCUAUGAUCAUCAUGAAGGAUCUAGUGUCGCAAUUAAUUUUGGAUUUUAAUACUUUAUACACCAAGGAAUGUGAUGAAUAUGAAAUGGAAUUGGACUGCAAAGACAUAUUCGAUAAGGAAAAGCAUGCUUGGCCAAUUGCAAAAAAUGCAGACAUAAUAUCUCAAGGGGUUUCACUACGAGGAAUUUUUGGAAGCGAGGCAAUGGAUGGUAUGUUUGAUUGCAUUGUAAAUUGCAUCAAGAAGUGGGAACACUCUAAUCUCUAUGCACAACAUCAAAAAGUAAUUGCUCAACUCACUAGUGCACGAACUACUGCUGCAAACAAAAAAUGGGAGAAGGAGAAGACGGAUAAACUAAAAAGAGAUUCUGCAGCUGCUGAACUUGAUGGACCGCCACCCUCACGUCCAAAGAAUGCACCUGCACCACCACAAAAUGACGCUGAUGAUGACUGUGAGAUGGCCGAUGGCAACAUGUCCUGUGCACCCACUAUCUCACCUGCGCCACCACAAUUCGAAUCAAGAAUUGAUCCACGUUUGACCAGCGGGACUAAUUGCUAA